AUGUCAAUUCCUAUAACUCAGUAUGGAUUUUUAUACAAUCAAUCAAAAGGUUUACAAUUAAAAAAUAAUUUACCGGUUCCAAAGCCAUCGGAAAACGAAGUUUUGUUGAAAAUUGAUGCUGUUGGAUUAUGCCACUCCGAUUUACAUAUUAUUUAUGAUGAGAUCCCAUGUGGUGAUAAUUAUGUUAUGGGUCAUGAAAUUGCUGGUACUAUUGUUUUAAUUGGUGCGAAAGUUUCUGAUUUCAAAGUUGGUGAUAGAGUAGCAUUAGCAGGUGCGAACGGAUGUGGACUUUGUGAAAAUUGUCGUACUGGAUUUGACAACAUCUGCGAGUCAUCUUUUAUUAAUUGGUUUGGUUUAGGAAUUGAUGGUGGUUAUCAACAAUAUUUAUUAAUUAAAAGAAUACGUAAUUUGAUUAGAAUUCCUGAUAAUGUUACAUCAGAGGCUGCUGCUGCCUUAACCGAUGCUGCAUUAACACCUUAUCAUGCUACUUUACGUGCAAACAUUGGACCAACUUCAAAUUGUUUGAUCAUUGGUGCCGGUGGUUUAGGACUUAACGCUAUUCAAAUAGUAAAAUGCUUUGGAGCAAAAGUUACAGUACUAGAUACUAAGGAAAAAGCAAGAGUGUUAGCUAAAAAAAAUGGUGCUGAUUAUGUUUAUGAUACUUUACCCUCCGAAAUAAAACCAGGAACCUUCAAUAUUUGUAUUGAUUUUGUAUCGAAACAAUCAACUUUUGAUUUAUGUCAAAUUUAUUGUCAAUCAAGAGGUUCAAUAUUACCUAUUGGUUUAGGAUCCACAAAAUUAGAAUUAGAUUUGGGAAACUUAGCAUUAAGAGAAAUUAGUAUCUUGGGUUCAUUUUGGGGAUCUUCAAAUGAUUUGAAAGACGUUUUACAACUAGCAAGUGAAGGAAGACUUAAUCCACAUGUAUCAACAGCUAGCUUAAAAGAGUUGCCAAAGUAUAUUGAGAAAUUGAAAGAAGGUUCUUAUGAAGGAAGAUAUGUAUUUAUACCAUAA